CACUGCUGGUCGCAUCACCUCUCAACCCCCCCAGCAUCCUCCAAGCGCCUACAGCGUCUGCUGUGCAUCUCCAGACCGGUCUGAUCUUCGUGUGAGCGUUAUUGCGUAUGCUCAAUCGGGACUGCUCUUUCUGAUUCCUGCGUGAUUCGCGUUUACUGGCUGUCGCCGGCUCCUUCGUCCUGAACCCCCAAGCUCUCUCUCUCUCUCCCUCCCUAAGCACAUCGUCAUGUCGACCGAAUUACCGGUGACGCUGCCGCCACAGAACGUGGUCCUCGACACAUCGGCACUGCCUGCGUCGUCGUCAGCGUCGGUAUGGGACCGCAUCUCGAAGUGGGUGUCGGAGAACAAGGCCCUUGUUUAUACCAUUGCUGGAGUCGCGGUCGUGGUGACGAGCGCCGGCGUGGUGUACUAUCUGUCGGACUCGAGCAAAGCCGGACAGCAACCACCUGCCACCGGAGAGAAGAAGAAGAGUAAGAAGGAGAGACGCAAGGAAAAGGAGCGCGAGAGGAAGAAGGCCGAGGAGGAAAAGAAGACCAAGGCUGCGUCGGUCGAAGACGGUACGUGGAUGGGAUUUGCACGCCCAAACAGGGCCAGAAUUUCUUUUUUUCAAUCUCUCCCCGAGCAUGUAGAACUGAUAUCCAAUCUAGAGUCCGCGGAGAAGAAGACCGAGAAGCCCGUUGAGGAGCUUCCGGAUGUGGAUGAGGCGACCGUGGGAGAAUUGUCGGAAGAGACCCGAAAGGACUACGCUGCGAAGCUCAAGGCUGCUGGCAACAAGGCCUACGGCUCCAAGGACUACAACAAGGCCAUUGAGCUGUACGGCAAAGCCAUCAUCUGCAAGCCCGACCCUGUCUUCUACUCCAACCGCGCCGCCUGCUACAAUGUGUUGUCCGAAUGGGAGAAGGUUGUGGAGGACACCAGUGCGGCCAUUGCGAUGGACAGUGAGUACGUCAAGGCCUUGAACCGGAGAGCGAUUGCCUAUGAGCACCUCGGAAAGUUCAGCGAGGCGCUGCUCGAUUUCACCGCCAGCUGCAUCCUCGACGGCUUCAGCAACGAAACCAGCCGAGUCGCCCUUGAGCGUUUGUUGAAGAAGGUCGCGGAGCAGAAGGCCAAGGCUAUUCUCGAAGCUAAGGGUAAGAAGCUGCCGAGCCCGACCUUUGUGUCCAACUACCUCCAGAGCUUCCGCCCUCGUCCCAUCCCGGAGGGCUUGGCCGAGUCCGCUGAACUGGGCGAGGACUCUGGAAAGGGACUGCUGCGCAAGGGUCUUCUCGCCAUGGACAAGAAGACUGCCGAGGGUUACGAUGAGGCGGCUGCUUCAUUUGAGAAGGCCCUUGAAAUCGGCGACCUCGGCGACUUUGAGGCCCUGGCCCUCAACCUGCGGGCCACUUUCACCUAUCUCGAAGGCAAUGCACAGGCUGCGCUGGCCGACCUCAACAAGAGUGUGGAGUUGCAGCCGUCGCUGGUCCAGAGCUACAUCAAACGCGCCAGCUUGCACCUUGAGUUGGGUAACAAGGACUCCGCCGCGGAUGACUUCGAGCUUGCUAUUACCCACAACAAGGACGACCCUGAUAUCUACUACCACCGUGCCCAGCUUCACUUCAUCCUCGGAGAAUUCGCCGAGGCUGCCAAGGACUACCAAAAGUCGAUUGACCUGGACCGCAGCUUCAUCUACUCUCACAUCCAGCUGGGAGUGACCCAGUACAAGAUGGGCUCUGUUGCCUCGGCUAUGGCCACCUUCAGACGGUCGGUCAAGAACUUCGAGGAUGUGCCCGACGUUUACAACUACUACGGCGAGCUUCUCCUCGACCAGCAGAACUUCUCCGAGGCCAUUGAGAAGUUCGACAAGGCUGUCGAGAUGGAGAAGCAGAACAAGCCCAUGGGUAUCAAUGUCCUGCCUCUGAUCAACAAGGCCCUUGCGCUCUUCCAGUGGAAGCACGACUUCCAGGAGGCCGAGAACCUAUGCCAGAAGGCGCUUAUCAUUGACCCUGAGUGCGACAUUGCUGUGGGCACUAUGGCCCAGCUUCUCCUCCAGCAGGGCAAGGUCUCCCAGGCUCUCAAGUACUUCGAGCGGGCCGCCGAGUUGGCUCGUACUGAAGCCGAGAUUGUCAACGCCAUCUCAUACGCCGAGGCCACCCGGACACAGCUCGAGGUCCAGGAGAAGUACCCGCAACUGGCUGCUCGCCUUCAAGGCAUGGGCGCCGGUCUGGGUGGCCCUCCGGGUUUGUAAAAAAAAAAAAAAACAAACAAACUUGGAGCCACUCGCUCACCACCAGACCCAACCGUCUUUUUAUUUUUGGAAUAGAAACUCUCUUCUCUGAUCGACUCGAUGUCUCUACAUCGGCGUCUGGGAUCUGCGUUCUCCUUCUCUUUAUUUUCCCCCUAUCUCUUUUUUCCACCCGUCUUCGCCAUGUCGCUUCUUUCUGAAAGCAUGUGGACAACGAACCUACGCCUGUCUAAUCAACACCACACCCUCUUGAUUCCGGUCUCUUCUGAUGUUCUCAGCGGCGCCUUGGGAACGGACUUCUUCUUGCCUGUGUAAUUUUUUUUUUGUGUGUCCCAUUUAAUGCCCCUUUCGUUUUUCAUU